AUGGCGACUUCAGCGCCAUUGAAGAUUCUGUCCUUGGAUGGCGGAGGCAUCCGCGGGCUCUCAAGCCUCUUGAUUUUGGAGUGUAUCAUGGAGAAGAUGCGAGAGUCCAAGGGACUGAGCGACAUGCCACGACCCUGUGAAGUCUUCGACUUGAUCGGCGGCACAAGCACUGGAGGAAUCAUUGCUAUCAUGCUCGGAAGGCUGAAGAUGACCGUCAACGAGUGCAUUCAGGCAUACCGAAAGCUGGCAGAGCAGGCGUUCACCCCCAAGAAGGGGAGGAUCCCUUACUCGUCUCAUGGCGCCUUCUCGGCCACGGCCCUGGAGGAUGCCAUCAAGCAAGCGAUCAGAGAGUCUUGUGUUGAAGCAGAAUGCGUUGCUCAACGGACGCGGGGUGACUCGACGGAGAAGACAUGUCCCCACAGCGAGAUGAAGUUCCGUGAUAAGUCGUGCACAAAGACCGUUGUCUUGGCCAUCACGAAGGACGACGUUGACACAUCACCAACACUCUUCACGACUUACGGCACAUCCAUGGACCUCGAUAGCUGUGCAAUCUGGCAAGUGGCACGAGCCACAUCAGCCGCUACAACCUUCUUCAAGCCCAUCACUAUCGGUCGUGACAAGAUAGAAUACAUCGAUGCCGCGUUCGGAUACAAUAACCCUUGCGAAAUCCUGAUCGAGGAAGCCCAACGUCAGUGGCCUGGGGCCCAAGAACUACGCAUCCUCAGUAUAGGUACCGGGCUAGGAAAUGCCGUCAAGCUCGACAAUAGCCGCGUUUCCAUCGUCAAAGCCCUCAAGAAGAUGGCCACGUCGUCUCAAAGGGUCGCUUCAAGCCUGGCCAACCGAUACAGUGGCAGCAACCAGUACCAUAGAUUCAAUGUCGACAGUGGUAUGGAGGAUGUCGUCUUGUCCGAUUGGAAAAAGGCCAGCGCAAUCUCAUCGCAUACCAAAAGCUAUAUCCGGUCUCAGGACAGGGCUUUACAGGAAUUUGUCGACAAGCUGGACCAAACUUCUAUUCCACCUGUCCCGAGUACGCCAGAGAGUACAAAACAAUCACGCCCCACCAGUUCUGCAUAUCACUUCCCCUUCCCUCGGAACAGGCGUUUCGUUGGGCGUGAACAGGUGCUAGCUGAACUCCAAGACAGAUUGUUUGCAUUGCACACUCCGUGUGUCUCGCUGGUGGGACUCGGGGGCGUGGGGAAAACCCAGGUCGCAUUGGAGCUUGCGUAUUGGGUGAAGGAGAACCACCCUGACCACUGCGUCUUCUGGGUAUCAGCACUAAGCGACGCUACCUUUGAGCAGUCAUACAGCGGGAUAGCAAAGAAGUUGCUGAUCACGCAACGUAUUUGCGGUGAUGAAAAGGAAGAUGUGAAGGUCAUCGUCCAGCAGCAUCUGAGUUCGUCGGCGGUCCAACCUUGGUUUCUCAUCGUGGACAACGCAGAUGAUCGAGAUCUGGUGUUUGGUCCUUCAGACAGCCAAGGUGGAAUAAGCCAAUACCUCCCAACUAGUGAAGCUGGUGUCACCUUGUUUACAACUAGGUCCCGCGAGGUAGCGGUAGACGCGGCCCAAGGCGAAAUCGUUGAUCUCUGCGAGAUGGAGGAAGACGAAGCGGCUGGUCUUUUUGCUCGACUCCUUGUGCAACAUGACUUGGGCAAGACUGAGCCUGCCUUGGAGCUCCUCAAGGAGCUCACAUAUCUUCCACUGGCAAUUUCCCAAGCGGCGGCAUACUUGAACAAGAACAUUAACGUGUCAAUACCCGAGUAUCUCGCCCUUCUGCGGGGUACGGAACAAGACCUAGUCAGCCUGAUGAGCAAGGAGUUCCGCGACAGCACACGAUAUGCCAACUCGCAGAACGCGGUGGCCACGACAUGGAUUGUAUCUUUCGAGCACAUUCGCAAGGCUAACGAAUUUGCCGCAAGUCUGCUAUCAUUCAUCUCGUGCAUCGAACCCAAGGCUAUACCGCAGUCCAUCUUACCCAGAUCCGAGACGCAGGAGCAGCUGGCCUCCGCCCUCGGGCUGCUCUGUGGAUAUGCGUUUCUCACCAGGAGAGGGGACACUGACUUGUAUGACAUGCACAGUCUUGUCCACACAGCAACUAGGGUCUGGAUCCAGGACCAGGCCAAAACGGACGGGACACGAGUCGACGCUAUUCGAUGUGUUGUGGAUAAUUUUCCUCGUCGGUGGAGCAGACAAAGAGAACAGUGGCUAGGCUUUCUUCCCCACGCCAUCAGCCUGCUUCGCAGAAGCGAAAACAUCGAAGUGGAAGAACGCCUUGACUUACUUGACUUUGUGAUCCGCUGCCUUACCUUAGAUGGAAGGUGGCUUGAUGUCGUCCAUUUGUUUGAGGGCUUUACAACAUCCCGACAGGGUCUGCCAGCAGGAGAAGCACAUCCGCACCACUCUCUUGAUCGAUCCCUUGGACGGGUUUAUUCGGGAAUUGGACAGCAUACGAAGGCCAUCUCCUAUCUGGAAACGGCAGUGCUUGCUUACAGAAGACAACGAGGGGAAGACGAUGUCGAACUCUUGGCUGCAGAGUUGGACCUUGCCGAAGUACACAUAGGCGCCCGGAACUACAGCAACGCCAUUGCGAUUAUCGAAAAUAUCCUGGCCAAUUCGACAGAUAUAUUGAAAGCUAGCCCUACUCUGCUCUUGCGUUCGCACGCUUUACUCGUAAGAGCACAUGGACGUGCUGGACAAGCCACCAAUGCCACCGACACUCUGCAGCAUAUCCUGGGAGUUUUAAAACCAACCGCAAGGAGGGACGGGCUAGAAAGCGAUAUCUUGUCUGCAGAGAGGAGCCUUGCUGAGAUUUAUAUCAAUAACAACCAGCCAGAUCGAGCCGUGCGGCUGUUGAAGUAUGUCAUGGACGAUGACGCAAUUUUGCUCCCAGAAGAUGCUUUUACAAAGCUGCACUCACAAUAUUGGCUUGGGAAAGCAUACGUUGCAGUCAAAGAUUACGAGCAAGCCAUUGAUGUAUUGGAACCUGUGGUCAAAAUUUCGGCCAGGACAAUUGGGGAGGAGCAUAUAUUGAGGCUGAUUUUGGAACACUGCCUUGCAACGGCGUAUCUAGAGGACGGCCAGGUGGCAAGGGCGCGUGAGCUAUUCGAGCAUGUUGUCGAUGUGCAUGCGAGGACGUGUGCGGCAGAGGAUACGUACCGGCUAAGUUCAGAGUAUUUCCUUGCGCGCACAUAUGUCAAGCUUGGCGAGAUGGGGAAGGCUUGCAACCUAUUGGAACAUGUUGUCGCGACGCAUACGAGGAUCUCAGACGAAGAGGACAAGUUCCGGCUAGAGUCAGAGUGUUACCUUGCGCAGACAUAUCGCAAGCUUGGCCAGUUGGGAAAGGCUUGCCAGCUCUUGGAACAUGUUGUCGCGACGUUUACGAGGAUCUUAGAUGAAGAGAGUAAGUCCCGGCUAUGGUCAGAGUAUUACCUUGCGCGGACAUAUCUUGAACUCAGAGAGCUGGAAAAGGCUUGCCAGCUAUUGGAGCAUGUUGCCGCGACAUAUGCGAAGAUCUUGGAUGAAGAGGAUGAGACCAGGCUGAAGUCAGAGUUUCGCCUUGCACAGACAUAUCUUGGGCUUGGCCAGUUGGACAUGGCUAUCGGAUUAUUCGAGCACGUCGCGAUGGUGGAUGCAAAGACGCUCGAACUAGACGAUCCGGAUCGGUUGAUGAAUCUGGAAUGGUUGGAGCAUGCACGGGGUCAGAUACCGAGCAAUCAAGAGAUUUGA